AUCGAAUUGAUGAUUAUUAUGAAUAUAUGAUGAAAAAGAAUCAAGCCAGCAGACCAGAUACUCUUUAUGAAGUUAGGCGAUAUCUUGAUAAGCCAGUUGCUAGUAGAAAUACUAUGUUCUCGAAUGCUACAAGUGUAGCAUCUGAGCAAAUGUUUAGUUGUGCUGGGCGUAUAGUCGAUGAUUAUUGUACUUCUUUAGAUCCAGAAACAGUAACUGCACUAAUGUGUUAA